GUGCAAUAAAAACAUAUAAUUUAGCCGCGGCAUGUGGAGGUGCUGCUCCUUCACAGAGGACUGCUUUGACUUUAGCGGACAGAGAAAGAAAUCAGGCGAGGAAGAGACAGCAGGCUCGUCUGCCGCUGUGCAGUCUCUGAUCAUGAAGAGCACCAAGGAAACCGUCCAGACCGCAGCCAAAGAGUUCCUGCAGUUUGUCAACAAAGGAGUGUCUCCAUACCAUGUGGUUGAGGAGUGUAAGCGGCGUCUGCUGCAGGCCGGCUUCAUCGAGCUGAAGGAGACGGCGCAGUGGGACAUCGCGCCCUCCAGCAAGUAUUUUGUGACCAGGAACUACUCGAGCCUCAUCGCCUUCGCUGUGGGCGGACGCUACCAGCCAGGAAACGGUUUCUCCAUGAUCGGAGCUCACACAGACAGUCCCUGUCUGAGGGUGAAGCCGAGGUCCAAGCGGACCAAGCAGGGCUGUCUGCAGGUCGGGGUGGAGUGUUACGGCGGCGGUAUCUGGAACACCUGGUUCGACCGCGACCUGACCAUCGCCGGUCGCGUCAUGGUUAAGAGCGAUGACAAGCUCGUCCACCGGCUCGUCCACGUGCCGCGGCCGCUGCUGCGCAUCCCUCACCUGGCCAUCCACCUGCAGAGAGACAUCAACGACUCCUUCGGCCCCAACAAGGAGAACCACCUCGUGCCCAUCCUUGCCACUGCGGUCCAGGAGAAGCUGGAGACGGGCUCUGCUUCCAACGGCGACGCCGUCAACGCCACCAACACGGCAGAGAAGCACCACCCGGCGCUGGUGAAGGUUUUGUGCUCGGAGCUUGGCGUCCAGCCUGAAGCCCUGCUGGACUUUGAGCUGUGCCUGGCCGACACGCAGCCCGGGGCGUUGGGCGGUGUGUACGAAGAGUUCAUCUACUCUCCUCGUCUGGACAACCUGCACAGCUGCUACUGCGCCCUCCAGGGGUUGUUGGAGUCGUGUUUGGGCGACUCGCUGGACACAGAUCCCAACGUCCGCAUGAUCACACUGUACGACAACGAAGAGGUGGGCUCAGAGAGCGCUCAGGGUGCCCAGUCCAACCUGACGGAGCUGAUCCUGAGCCGGCUGGCCUCGUCCCCCAGUAACCUCACGGCCUUCCAGCAGGCGGCGCCGCGCUCCUUCAUGAUCAGCGCGGACAUGGCACACGCCGUGCACCCAAACUACCAGGAGAAACAUGAAGAGAACCACAGACCAUCUUUCCACAAUGGCCCCGUCAUCAAGUUCAACAGCAACCAGCGCUACGCCACCACCGCCGUCACCGCCUCCAUCGUCAGAGAGGUCGCCACCCGGGUCAGCGUGCCUCUCCAGGAUGUGUUGGUGCGUAACGACAGCCCGUGUGGAACCACCAUCGGCCCCAUCCUGGCGGCCCGGCUCGGCAUCCCGGUGCUGGACAUCGGCGCCCCGCAGCUCUCCAUGCACUCCAUCAGGGAAAUGUGCUGCACCUCCAGUGUCCUGCAGAGCACCACCCUGUUCAAGGGCUUCUUUGAGUUUUUCCCCACGGUGAGAAGCAUGGUGGUCGUCGACUAAAGCCGUGAGGCCUCGACAUGAAAAACCCCAGGAGGUCACAGCUGGACAGAACAGAGACGCUGCAUCCAAAAUGUCAUUUUUAACGGGAGUUUGUGUUACUUGUCGACUCAGGAUACCUUUACCGAACACCUACUAGUGCAACAAAUGUUGAAAUGUUGCCUGGAGAAGUAACCCAAAUGUGUGUCCUCCUAAACUAGACCUGUAUGUUGAAAAUGAUGCAUUUUAUUUUUUUAAACCUGUGCUAUUUCUCUGUGUUGUAAACCCUGGCCAGCAUAAAUGCGCUCACACACUUUUCAAUGAACAUAAACAUGCAAACACACACAUGCACUUAAUCUUUCUUAUGAACUGAUAUUGCGUAGAAAAUAAUAAAAUAUUGAAUUAUUAUUAC